GCGAAGUACUGAAUAGGACGGGGGGAGUGAUAUGACCAUGGCGACCGCGAUCAGCGAGUCUUCGAGCAGCUGUCUGAGUGUGGCCAGAGUGUUGGCCUUUUGGACCAUGCCAUCGAGCUGUGCCUCCAUACCGGUCUCAUCAGAGAGCGUACCACGAAAUAGCUCACCAAUGAGGUGCGCUAUCGUCUGUUUUCCCCUUCCCCUCAUACCGCGCGGCGAGUUUGUCCCAUACAGACUUCGCCGUCUUCUCGUACAUGAUGCCGCUCAGAGGCGUGUCUUUGAGCGUGAGCGUGAUCUGCGCCUUUGCGUCUUGAUCCUUGUCAUCCCAUUCGGCCUGCUUGUCAGGUUCGGAAUCUGCAGGUCGAGCUUCCUUACCCUGGGUGAUGUUCCAGAGCUUUCUGAUGC